AAAUUCAACUUUUUAAUAAGUCAUUAAUUUUAUAGUUAUUAAGAUUUGGAAUAUCAUUAACUGUUACAAUGAAAGACGGAAGCAGAUUGUUGUCUAUUCUUCUGAAAGCUUCAGAGAAAGCAGCAAAUAUUGCAAGAGCUUGCAGGCACAAUGAUGCUCUAUUUAAAUUACUUGUACAAGAAAAAUCAGAGGAAGAAAAGAAUCCGCGUUUCUUCCAAGAUUUCAAAACCUUAGCAGAUGUUCUUAUUCAAGAAACGAUCAAACAUGACAUAGGAUUAGAGUUUCCAGAACUGGCUAAGGUAGUGCAGGGAGAAGAAACUAAUACAUUCAGCAAUGCCAUGGGUGAAUCUAUAGUGGUUGAAGUAUGUCCGACUGUUGAAGAAACCACUGAACUAUUAGCCAAAGUGAUGGGUAGUGAUAUUGCAACUGCUGAAUUAUUAGCCACUGAAGUUCAUAAGGAUGUCCAAUUUUUAGAUAUUCCAAUGGUAGUAGAACUACCUUUUGAUUUUGAUAUUGAUAUUUAUGAUCUUGGUAUAUGGAUAGAUCCAAUUGAUUCAACUGCUGAUUAUAUAAAUGGGAGUGAAAAGGUGGAUGAAGUCACUGGCGUACAUAUGAGUGGUUUACGAUGUGUCACUGUCUUGAUUGGAGUAUUCUUGAAAAGCACAGGCAUACCAAUUGUGGGAGUAAUUAAUCAGCCUUUUUAUACAAAUGUGGAUUUACGAUGGAAAGGCAAUUGCUACUGGGGAUUUAUGGAAAAAGAUGUUGGAACAUGUUCUAUAGUGAAAGAAACUACCAACAAAAAAAUAAUUGUUCUGAGUAGAGUUGAGGAUGAAAAUGUGAAAUCUAAACUUUUAGGUGCUGGUUUCACUUUAGUGGAAGCAGCUGGGGCUGGUUAUAAAAUAUUAAGCGUUGCCCUUGGGCAAGUCGAUGCUUAUAUUUUAUCUAAAGGAUCUACAUAUAAGUGGGAUACUUGUGGCCCACAAGCUCUUCUACGUUCUUUAGAUGGUGGUAUUAUUGAAUUCCAAAGUUUUAUAAGUAAUCCUGAUUCUGACUAUAUGGAUGUGAAAUAUUUACCGAUGUCUACCAAUUUGUCGAAUAGCAAUGGUUUGAUAGCAUACCGAAACUUCGAAAUUUUGCAAACAUUAAAGUCGAUUUUAUGUAAAUAAUGGUAUUAUGUUAUGUACUUAUUUUACUUAUUGAGUGCUGAUGGUACGUAUAUAUAUAUUUGAAAGUACUUUAGAAAGGAUUUAAUCCAUGCUGCAUUUAUUAAAUGCAAUUUUAUUUAUUUAAUAUUAAUUUUAUUUUUUUAACUUUUUAAUUAUUCAGUAACAAAUGUUGUUGUAUUCGAUAUAUAUUUUAUUAUUAAUUUAAUUUAAUUUUUAUUAGUACUUCUACAAAUCAAUCAUGCCUCUAUGGUGUGUAUGUAGGCUAACUUUAAUAGAAGUUAUGUUUUUGCUUUUAUGCAAAUAUUUUAGAUUAAAUUUAAUGAAUAAAAUUUUAAACAAAAAUUUUAGAAAUUGGAAUUUGUAUCGAGUAUAUGGAAUAUUUUUAAAUUUAUCUGAUUUUUUUGCAUAUUAAGUAUUUAUCAUUUUUAAAUAUGACUAAUGUUAUUUAAAAUCGUAAAUGUUAAAUUAUAUAAAAUGUUAAAGAAUGUUAUAUAAUAUCACAACUAAAUAAUAAAAAUGGUUUGUGUUUCA